AACUUGGAGAAAACAACUUGACUGACCGGAGGAGCGUGCGUUUCUCUCUCAGUGGUGUGUGUGUGUUUCAUCUCUGUGAGCAUCAGCAGCCUGUUUGUCUCCUCAUCGUGUCCAUGAGGACCUGAAAGAGGUUCCACACACACACACACACACACACACGGACACUGUGUGGAGCAGCCGAGGGGGAAAAAAAGCAAUGGAUUAUAUCAGAAACCAACAUCUCUCCAUCGUCUUUCUGAUAGUCAGCAGUACCUGUCAUGCCCUUUUGGACAGAUUUCAGGACGAGAACUCCGAUGAUGGAUUUCCUCAUCACAUGGACCCAGAGGACGACAGCCAAAGUACCUCCUGUGAUUUUGAGUCUCCGUGCCUCUGGACUUUAUCGAAUCACAGCGACCAAAGUGACUGGACACUGGUGUCGCCACAGCAACCACAAAGGGCACAGGUUGGGAUGACGCCCGCGACUGACCACUCUGAGAAAAGCGCUGAUGGGCACUUCCUCCUCCUAAGCGCGUCCGCUGCUGCCGAGGCCUCUGGGAAAUGCGAGUACCGCCUCACCAGCCCGGUCCUGCCAGGGAGCAACAAGCACUGCACGCUGAAAGUGGCCCUGUUUGAGUCCGAUCCAGCUGUGGGAAACCUAACGCUCCUGAUCAAACCGUUUCUGUUUGACUCGGCUGUUCACGCUGUGGCCCUCAGCCACCGGAGCCAAGAUGCCCACAGGGCUGAGUGGGAAGUGUUGGAGAUUGUGAUUGGCAAAGUGGUGGAGCCCUUCGAGUUGAGCCUGGUCUACUCCUCCUGUUUGUGGGGAAGUGAAGUCACUGUGGCUCUGGACUCGCUGGAGCUCAUAGACUGUGAAUCAGAGCACCAGGAUGCAAUUUGUGGGGAGUAUUUCCACUGCGUUCACUCUGAAGUCUGCAUCGAUCCGAGCCAAGUGUGUAACUUCCACACCGACUGUCCGUACGGAGAGGAUGAAGGCUUCAUCUGUGGUGCUCUUCCAUCUGGCUCGCAUUGUUCGUUUGAACAAGACACAUGUGGCUGGUCUGUGUCCAAGCAGCGCUCGGCCUGGAGGAGGGUCGCUGGAGAAGAGCUUCUGGAGAGAGGAGACAUGCAGGGCACAACCCUGCAGAGCACACCAGGUUACUUCUUAUAUCUGCAAGUGAGAGAGAGUCAAUCUUUACAGGAAGCUUCCGUUCGGAGCGCCACUUUCCCUCCUCCAGUCUCGACAGCUGCCUGCCAGUUACGCUUCUCUCUGUAUAUCCACGGUGACUUCAACGGCUCGUUGUUGGUGGCCAUAGAGGACAAUGGGACAAACACGGUACCACUGGUGUGGGAGAGAAAUGGUCAGCAGGUGGACGACUGGGAGGACGUCGCCCUGCAGUUAACUGGCCUCCAUCACGCGUUCCACAUUCGGGUGACGUCUGUGUGGACACAAGGCUCCAAUGCCGACGUUGCUCUCGACGACAUUGCAGUUGGAGCAGCUUGCUUCAGUACAGAUGUCAACUCUCUGCUGCCCAUGAUUGGAUUGGAGGACAUGUUCAGUCCCCUUCCAGAGCCCUCAGCCUCAGAGGUUUCUCUGAUGACGUGGUGGUUUUACUCGUGCGGUGCCAGUGGCCCUCACGGUCCGACCCAGGCCCAGUGUGACAGCACCUACAGGAACAAAAAUGUCAGUGUCACGGUGGGGAAGGACGGCCCGCUCAAAGGAGUCCAAAUGUGGAGAGUACCUGCCACCAACAGAUACCUGAUCUCUGCUUAUGGGGCUGCAGGAGGCAAAGGAGCCAAAAAUCACAACAAACGCAACCACGGGGUCUUCAUUUCGGCCAUAUUUCCUCUGGAGAAAGGAGAUCUACUUUACAUCUUGGUGGGUCACCAGGGAGAGGACGCAUGCCCGGGGAGAAAUCCCCACACUCAGAAGAUCUGCCUGGGAGAGUGGUCAGUGAUUGAGGAUGACCUCAGGGUAGAGGCUGGAGCUGAGUGGGCUGGGGGAGGAGGUGGAGGAGGUGGAGCGACCUACAUCUUCAAGAUGGAAAACGGCGAGAUGAUUCCCCUGCUGAUCGCAGCAGGCGGAGGAGGGAGCGCUUACCUGGAGGACCCGGAGUCCAGUCUGGACCACAUACCGCUGGAGCAGUACGAGAACAGCACCCUACGUCCCAGCAGCAAUGGUCGGACCGGUGCAGCAGGUGGCGGUGGAGGCUGGAGAGACAGUCCUGGUCCUCACCUGAGAGCGGGCCGCUCUCUGGAGGAGGGUGCAGAGGGUGGGUCGUCGUGUCCACUGGCCCUGUCGAAGCUGGGAUGGUCCACCUUCGGGGGUUUUGGAGGCGGCGGAGGAGCCUGCACAGCUGGAGGUGGUGGAGGAGGAUACAGAGGAGGUGAUGCGACGCUGACGGAUGAGAUCACAGCCGACGGUCAGAGCGGAGUCUCGUUCAUUCAUCCGAUGGGGGAGAUUUUCCUGCAGCCUCUGGCAGCGAUGGAGAGUCAUGGCGAGUGUGAGAUCAAGGUGCAGCUGAACUGCAGCCACUGUCAGACGCAGAGCUGCAAACGCGACGAGGACACUCACCUCAUCCUCUGUCUCUGCGACGAAGACGAAGAUCUGGCCACGUGCGUCGAUGCCGUCGCUCCUCAAGGCCCGGCACCACAGGGCCAGAUGUCCACACUGCUCAUCAUGGCGGUCGUCGUCUCCACCGUCGCGAGCGGCGUCGCGCUGGUCUGUGCCAGCGUCAUCCUCAUGUGGUACCGCAAAAAGAACGACCUGCACGCGGUGAGGGGCCGUCUGCAGAGUCCCGAGUACAAGUUGAGCAAGAUCCGCUCGUCCACCAUCAUGACAGACUACAACCCCAACUACUGCUUUGCGGGGAAGGCUGCCUCGCUCAGCGAGCUCAAGGAAGUGCCGCGCAAGAACAUCACACUUUUCAGAGCUCUCGGCCACGGUGCGUUUGGCGAAGUGUAUGAAGGACAAGUUCUGGGGAUGAGUGGUGAUAACAGUCCCAUGCAGGUGGCCAUAAAGACACUUCCAGAAAUCUGCUCUGAACAGGAUGAGAUGGAUUUCCUGAUGGAGGCACUGAUCAUGAGCAAGUUCAGCCACGACAACAUUGUGCGCUGCAUCGGCGUCAGUCUGAACAUCUUACCGCGCUUCAUCCUGCUGGAGCUGAUGACCGGAGGAGACAUGAAGAGCUUCCUGAGGCAAAACCGGCCGCGAGCUGGACAGACUUCCUCCCUCACCAUGCGGGAGCUGCUGCAAAUGGCUCGAGACAUCGCCUGCGGCUGCCGCUACCUGGAGGAGAACCACUUCAUUCACAGAGACAUCGCUGCCAGAAAUUGCCUGCUCACCUGCCCAGGACCAGACAGAGUGGCUAAAAUUGGGGAUUUUGGCAUGGCACGAGACAUUUACAGAGCCAGUUACUACAGGAAAGGCGGCCGCGCCAUGCUGCCGGUGAAAUGGAUGCCACCAGAGGCGUUUAUGGAGGGAAUCUUCACGUGCAAGACUGACACGUGGUCAUUUGGAGUGCUGCUGUGGGAAAUCCUCUCUCUGGGCUACAUGCCAUAUCCCUGCAAAACCAACCAGGAGGUGCUGGAGUUUGUCACCAGCGGUGGCAGAAUGGAUCCUCCCAAGGGCUGCCCAGGCCCCGUCUAUCGGAUCAUGACCCAGUGUUGGCAGCACUGUCCCGAGCAUCGGCCCAACUUCUCAACCAUCCUGGAGCGAAUUAACUACUGCACUCAGGACCCUGAUGUCAUCAACACACCACUACCAGUGGAAUAUAGUCCCAACACAGAGGAUGACGGUGGCACAGUCAUCCGUCCCUCUGAUCACACCUCCACCAGCCUCACUCCACUCCUGGUGUCCCACCCAGUUUCUCAGGAUUCCUCCUCCCAGCUCGGACUUCCCUCUCUGGACCUACGACCUGCGCCCCUGCCCCCACAGCCCACCAAACCUCGUCUACUCCUCCAGAGAAUCCCGCCUGUCCACCACAAAGUGACGUCCUGCCGUGAGGCGCUGCAGCCAUCCUGGGCGGAGCCUGUUCCGGUCCCUGGUUUGACAGGAGCAGGGAGUCACUGGCUCUACCCGGAGCCUCCACACCACAGACCCUGCUCAAGAAACAGCUCCUCCACGGGGAGCCAGAGGCUGAAGAACAAGACUAAGAAUCUGUGGAACCCCACGUAUGGCUCCUGGGUCUUGGAAAACCUCAGAGGGAAGAAAACACUGGCUCACACUCAGUCCAUGCCACUCUCAAGCUCCGACUCCUCCACCACCACCAACACACCCUGCCACAUAACCUUAGAUAGCAAUGAGGCUGGGUGCAACAGUACCAGCAGCACCCACCUCAGCCCUUCCAGCCUCUGCACUACCUCGACUCAAUCCCAUUCCUUCCAGCCUCAAGCUGCACAGAGUGCGUCCACACAUAAGACCCCAGCCGGUGGGACCACAAAGGCUGGCAUGGACCUGGCAAAGCUUCAGAGUUUCCCCUGUGGCAACGUCAACUACGCCUAUGAUGAGCAAAGCUACGAGGCAGAGAGCCUGCCCCUGGUUAUGUCCAGAGCCUCUGAAGCCGCCACGAACACCGCCUCGGCCCCGAGCGUCUCCUCAGGGCCUGGCCUGGGAUUAGCAACAGGCCUCCAAACCCCGUUAUCUUGUAUGCCAAAACUGCUGCUGAAGCGCCACGCCAGCUACGGACACGAAGAUGUAAAGAGACACGCCAAAGCUGAGAAACCCACGCGUGACAGAGACUCCGGCUUUUCUCUUUCCGAAGACCUCAGCGUUACCCCAAUCUAAGAAAGCGGCUCACUGCAACAGGGAUUUUAGGUUCAUUAAACCGAAAUGUCCUCACAAAACUAAUAUUCGAGCUCUGUAUUUCGAGAACAAAAAGCAUGACCCACAAGGGCUCCGACCCAGUCUCAGAGACAUCACGUGAUAUUAUUAGAGCUCCCGGAAUGCUGGAAAACACACUUAUUAACUUGACACGCACAUAAACACCCUCUGCACUGUGACACACGGAGCCAGUGCUUGACUAUUUCCCCUUGGCUUCUGAUACACCGGUAGCUAAACACUGAAGCUGAAACACUGGAAAACACAGCCCUGCACUUCCUCAAUGGCCACGCUGUUGGUGCAGGCGACCAUACGUAACUGCUUUUAGUUUGACUCUGUUUCUUUUGUUGUGUUCUUGCAGCGUCGAUAGUCGUGUAUUAUGCAUUAUUGUAAAUCAUUGUUUGGAAUUUGUUGUGUUGAGUGUACAGAAACAAAACAAAAAUAACCACUCACUAGAAGAGAAUCUCCAAGAAUGUGAUUUAAUAGAAACCUUUAUGACAGCAGAGAAAAGUCAGAAAAAUUACUUUUGUAGGAAAUAAUGAAACCUUCUUUUGAUUGUGGAAAUAUAGUACGAGGAUUUUUAGGCAUACAUCAGGAGCUUGUAGAGCUAGUUAUGCAAUACUGGUUUGCUUUCAACCCAAAUAAUGUGAAAACACAUCCUCCCAAACUACUGCAAUAACAUGUUUCCUGAGAAUACUGUGCCUCAUCUUUUUGGAUUUCUACUGAAGACGAGGUUGAUUAACGGACGUAAAUAGACGCCUUUAUCGCUCCUCUUCGGUCCAUUGGCUUCUGGUUGAACAUGUUGAAGUGGUAAGCUACAAAACAAUAUUCUGAUGUCUGUGUCCGUUGUUUAUUCAGUUUUGAUGCGUCGCAUUCCUGAGAAGUCGGGGAAAAAAAACCCUCUCGCGUCUGUACUGUGACUACGAAAGCUACAGCUAGCGGUCACUUUGAUUAGCAUAAGAAAAGACGAGACAUAAAUGGAACCAGUAGCAAAAUAUGUACCAGCACCUUUUAAAGGCACAUUAAUUCAUGAAUUGAAACGUUAUUCUGUCCUUUUGUUCGACAAAAACUAAAACUUGGGGGGUUAACAAGGUGUGUACCGUGUUUUUAGUUGUUGUGCUAAGCUACAUGGAAUGCUAGCUGUGCUAGCCAUAUAGUGUGUGUACAGACAGGGUGGUGGUAUAUCAUUCUUUUCAUUUAACUCCAUAAGAAUGAAAGCAAUUAUAUUGUUUAACAAUUUUUUUAGGCGUUGAGUAUUUUUUGACUCUUGUCUCCCUUGUUGUGGUUUAAAAUCUCUGUGUGGAUGAUGUGUUUGAAUAUUUGUAAGAGAAAAAAAAGAAGGAAAAAAGUCGAGUUUCCCCCCAAACUACAUACAUUUAAUUUGACUUAAUUUGCAUGUUUUAGAUUAUUUUCGUCUCCCAUGUAACAAUAUUUACUUGGACUGAAUGGGGUUUCAUUAAUUUACAAAAAUAGACUUUGACAAUGACCGUGCAAGCUGUGAAAUUAUUGCUAUCGCUAUUUUUAUACUCGCCUGUGACAAUGGACUAACCUAUUUGUAGCCGUCUUGUCAUUCAUUUGACUUUUUUUAUU